AUGCGUGGCGGUGGAUAUCAACAUCCACAAACAACAACAACAUCAACUGCCACUUAUAAUAUUUAUUAUGACAAUAAUCGACCAACUAAUUCUUAUCCCAUUCCUCAACCUUCUUUCGUUGAACAUCGUUCAACAAAUCCACACGGAUAUUCUCAACAUCAUUCAGGAUUUAAAAAAACUAAUAUUUCUCAAUCAGCACAAUCACGUCGUAUUAAUCCUGCAUUAACAAUAAAUCCAAAUCAAUUACCACCACGAUCACAUUAUCCUCCUCAUGGAAAACAAAAUAAUUUUGCUCGAAAAGAUACACGUGCAGAGAUCGAUGAUUCUCCAAUUAUUGAUCCAAGUGCUUUUCAAUUUUUAAAUUUAAAUGAACGACGAACAAAAAAGAAGACAGGACCAAAUGAAAUUGAAAGUGGUAUUGAUUCACGACCUAUAAUUAAUCUUGAUGCUGUUGCACAAUUAGAACGACGUCGACAGCAACAAUUGGAAAAGAAUAAUCGAUUACGUGGUGAUGAUGGAUCAAAAGGUGGAAUUGAUGAUAGAUCAAUUGUAGAUGCCAAUGCUUUCCGUUUUAUUGAAACAAGGAUGAAUAAAAAUGAAAGACCAAGUCAACGUAUUGCUAGUGGAAUUGAUGAUAGUCCGAUUGUAGAUCUCAAUGCUUUCCGUUAUAUUGAAGGAAGAACUAAUAAAAAUGACAGACAAGGUCAACAUAUACAAAGUGGGAUUGAUGAUAGACCGAUUACAAAUCCUGAUGCAUUCAAAUAUAUAGAUGGUCGACGUCAAAAAAAACUAAUCAAUCAAUUCAACGAACCAUCGAUUGAUAGUCGACCAAUUAUUAAUCCAGAUGCAUUUCGAUAUAUUGAAAAACGAGAUAUACCAACAAAGAAAACUAUUGAAAGUGGAAUUGAUAGUAAACCAAUUGUUAAUCCAAAUGCUUUUCGUUAUUUAGAAACAAAUAAUUCUUCUUCACCUCAUCGUGAUAUUUAUUCAGGUGUUGAUUCAACAUCUAUAAUUAAUCCAAAUGCUUUUCAAUAUAUUGAAAGACGAACACCAUCAAAACGUGAAGCAGCUGAAUCAUCAAUUGAUUAUCGUCCAAUUGUCAAUCCUCAAGCAUUUAAAUGGAUUGAACGAAAAGAAACAAAACGUCGUGUUGCAGAUGGACCUGAUGUUGAUGAACGUUCAUAUGUUAAUCCACAAGUAUUUCGUUAUAUUGAACGACGUGUAGAAAAGAAAAAUAAUAUUGAGGGUGGUAUCGAUGAACGAUCCUAUGUUAAUCCAGAUGCUUUUCGAUAUAUUGAAGGUUUAGAUUUUGAUUCAGGAAAUAAAUCGAUACAUUCAUCAAUAGGUCCAUCGAUUGAUACAAGAUCUUAUGUUGAUACGGAAUCAUUUCGUCAUCUUGAAGAUCGUUCUCCAAGACGAACAAAAUAUAAUCGAGAUGGUAUUGACGAUCGAUCUUUUAUACCAUCGAAUGCCUUUCGUCAUCUUGAAUUUGAUGAUCAAUAUAGUUAUCCUAAUGAAAUGAAUUGUGCAUCAUAUGGACUAACAGAUCUUUAA